UGACACAGCACCUAAACAAGAAGCUCCUCAGUUUAUGAAGAAAAUUGGUGAUUGCGAAAUCUAUGCUGGUAUGACUGCAAAAUUCACAGCCUGUGCCAGUGGGUAUCCAGAACCAGAGUACGAAUGGUUCUGCGAUACUGUUCGAUUACAUCCAUCGAAUAGAGUUGAAAUGGAAAAAGAAGGAACUGGAUUAGUGAGACUGAAAAUUUCAAGCGCUAAUCCAGAUAUUGAUCGAGGCAGAUACAGACUGAGAGCAUUCAAUCCGCAUGGAGAAGCGUUUUGUGAAGCUAACUUGGUAUUUGACGAUGGCCUCGAGACUAAAUAUAAGCGACCAGUUGGAGAACUUUACAAGGACUACGAUCGUUUUCGAGCUACUGGUGCACCUCUUCCCUUGGCAGACAAGCCUAUCAUUCGUUGUAUGACAGAUCGUUAUCUGACCCUCUCGUGGAGACCAUCAAUUCCGAUUGGACCUCGUGAACCAGUCACUUACUUAGUUGAAAUGGAAGAGCAACCCAAUGGGAAAUGGUUUACUGCUAGAUCUGGUGAGUGA